AACUUUACCUGGUGUUGCAGUUAGAAAUAUUUGUAGGUUCUUGUCGCUUACUCAAACUUCUAGUUGAGUUUUGAUGAUGCCGAAAGAAUGUUGGACGUUUUUUCUAAUUUUUUUACCGUUGUGGGUUGCAGCUGAUGAAAAUAUCUACGUUAUUAAUGGCAAAAGACCGUUACAUGUUGUUAGUGAAAAAUUUUUGAGCAUUUCCAUCGAUCCGGCCAUCCUAUUGACAAAAAUCAAUCUGAGCGAUGUAUCCCUCCGUAUGGCACGUCACCUCAGUCCAGCUUACGUGAGAAUAGCUGGUCCAUCAACAGAAUUCGUGAGAUACAUAGACACCGAUGAGAAAUCUAAAGAAAGCGAAGACUCUGACAAUGUUACUGUCACACCUUCUGUUUGGUUUGCGGUCAACGAAUGGUUCAACAUGGCUAAUUUGACACCCGUUUUUGGAAUCAACGAUGCUGACACUACUGUAGGCGUAUGGAAUCCAAAAUCCAUACUGCCUCUUCUGGAAAUAUCGGAUAAAUUCAAUCUGACCUGCAUGUGGCAGUUAGGAUAUGAUUGCUCCAAUAAAACAGACACACAAUACGUAGAAGAUCUGCGUAUUUUAAGGCACAUCUUAGACGCUUUCCCUGAUAGAAAGAAUUCUUGGAAAAUUGUGGGAAGUAACAUAAGAAAAUGCACUCAUAGGAAUGGCUGUAGGAGAUUGUUAGACUCCCUCAAAGGCAUAGCAGACUACGUUGUUUGGGAACAAUUCGAGAGAGACCAUAACAUGCUAAACGAUGAACUGGCACAUGUAAUAUUCGGAGAAAGAAGUAAUCCCAAACUAUGGACGUCUGUACCAAGAAAUCGAAAUCCAGCUACUUUUGAAACAGCUCUCCAAUGGUCUAAAGAAGUGGGGGAAGCAGCCAGAAAUGGUUUUGAUGUCAUAUUACGAACUCCUAGGAUGUAUGAGUUCUUCAUCGACACACCUGUAUUUUGGUUUUCCUUAUUGUACAAAACCUUGGUAGGGAAUGUCGUUCUAGAUAUGAGGUCAGCUAGUUCAGAUACCAAGAUGGAGGCGUUUGCUUAUUGUGCCAAACACCAAAACAAUUUCAAUCAAAGAGGUGCCAUGGUUCUUAUGGUCGUCAAUGAAGCAGAUGUUGAGCGCACUGCCCAAAUAAGACUGAGCGCUUUUGCUAAAAAUAUGGAGAUACAAUCCUACGUAUUAACCUCCAAAUCAGAUGUGAGAUCGAUGUACCUCAAUGGCGAAAAACUGAAGGCCUCAAUUCUCGAACAAGAACAGCUGGUCUUCACCCCAAAACUAAGAAGGGCCAAACUAUCCAACGGAUUGUUCAUCACUGUACCCGCCAAAUCCAUAGGCCUCUUCGUCCUACCAGGAGCUAGAGUAACAGCCUGCAUGGACGAAGAAGAAGAGAUGUCCCUCCUCAUGGAAGAGAUAGAGUCGGAUCAAGAACUCCCUCUAUCGGCAGAAUUGGCGGUAGAACUGAAAUCCAGGAACUUUCAAGAGACCAACGUGAGCCUGAAGGAGAUGGAGCGAGAGCUGCAGGAAGAAUUGGAGACCGAUGAGAAGUUCUAUCUUGAGAGUAGGAAGGAGGAAACUCACCAAAAGUUGGACGAUAUCUUGGAAGACCUGAAGGACAACUAUGAGAGACAAGAGGAUCCGCAGUUCCAUCUGAAGAUCGACGAGGACACCAGAAAGAAGAUCUUGGAGAGAGCUAAGCUGGUAGAGGCUCAAAGAAAACUGACAGAGUCUGAGCAGCGUUUGGUGAACUUGAGUAGGAUGAUACUGGCAAAAACUCACGAGAAGUCAAAGCACGUUGAGAAAACUUCUGAAGAAACGGUAGACGAGAAACCGUUCUUGAAGACAAAACUUGAACCAUCCAAAACCUUAGAAAGCUUCCCUACUUUCAAAUUCUCCAAGACGAACAACCAUCACCCAACAGAUGCCAAAGAGCUUCACGUCAAGAAGUUAGUUCUUGGAAAACCAAAGAGUCUACAUGACCAGUUCAAGGAUAUAAUGAAGCACCCUACUCUAAACUCCCUAAAGCACCCUCUACACGGCCAUACCAACGAUCAAGUCGAGGAGUUCGAAGUACCAACAUUGAACAGUCUACACCACGAUGAGUUUCCACAAUUCGACCACAAGAAGUUAACCAAGAACCUCCAUGAACAUUUCAAAGAUAUCUUGGCUAACUCCAAGAUAAACCAAAUGAAAAAACACGAGAUUAAGGAAAAACCAAGUGAUUUAGAGUUGGAGUUGACCAGCGCUGAAGUUAAGAAGAUUUUAGCUGACAGAGUGAAGGCUAGAGCUGCUAAAACUAACAUUCGUUUUACAAACGAAGAGCUUACUGAGAUAAUGAAGAAAGCUACGGAGAAACUGAAGCAUGAUCACAGUUUGAGGGCUAGAGUUGGUUUGAAAUCUUCAAGAUUGAAAAGAGACAUCAAUAUGAAACUUUUAAAUGAAGCCUCUAAGCAAAGGCACAGAAAAGAUAGUUCGGAGGAAUCUUCUGAAGUUGAACCAAAGAAGAAGACACUACACCCUUCUUUAGAAAAAAUUAUCGUGAAUCCAUUUUACAAAAAGAAGGAAGUUCAUGGGAAACCAUCCAAAACUUCAGAUAGCUCCGUUAUGGAUUCUACAGAACUGAAUGAUGAUUUUGAUUUGUAUUUUGAAGAUGAUAACAAGGCUCCUAAAAAAUCACAUACAAAUGACCAUAAAAUGAAGAACCAAAAGGUGUGUUCUGAAAAGAAACGCUUCAAGGCUAGGAAUAGAAAUAAUGAUUUUGAAGAGGAAGAUGACGAAACCAAAAAGUACAUGAGAUUGGAAGAAUAUUUUAGGAAUGCCAAGGAAGCUCAGAAAAAGUUCGACGACAUCGAUUUUUCAGAUGAAGAUGACUACAGCAACAUGGAAGAUGAUGGUAUUAACCGUCGUAAAAGAGAUACAGCUGAAAAUAAACACCCAGUAGGUUGUUCUUGUUCCAAUUUAGCUGACGGUCUAAUGAAGUCACUGCAAAAAUUUAUCGACAGUGAAAACAAGGAUGAUUUAGAAUCUUUGCAGCAUAAAUUGGAGGCUUACGAUAAAACUAUAGAGUCAAUAGAUAAAAAUAAAGAAACAAAAACUAAUAACAAUAGUAAAAAACGUAGAUCGGUGAUUACCGUUCACCAUAAUUAUAGACCUAUAGCUGAUACUUAUAAAAGUUGGAGACCAGAAGAUAUUCUCUUGAUGAAACCUAGAAAUAUACUGCCAUCCAAAAGUUUUGCGAUGAUAAAUGAUUUACCACUCUACCAACACCUUCUUCAUAAGAACAAUAUCAAAAGAAGUAUAGGCUCUAAAAAGAAGACCAACUUUCUCUCAGAAGAUUCAGCUGAAAGUAUGGACUCUAUCUUGAACAGAAUCGACAAAGAUGACUCUUCUGAAUACGGAGAAAACUAUAGAGAUUUCCAGUUGAUUUUUCCCAACAAAAAUAAAAUCGAGUUGAGAAAAAAGGACAAUAUCACGAAAAUAACGUUGGAGCACUUGACCAAACCUAGUAAAACAUUAGAUAAUGAAACAUCAACAACAUACAAGUCGACAACAGUUAAAGAGGAAUACGAGAGUAGACACAAAUUUUUACACAAAAAUCUAUCUCAUAUUCAAAUAAUCCCCAGAAAUGGUACUGACAAUUUCUUCCACCAUGCUUUUGAACAUCUGCAUUCUUUUAUUCAUAAGAUAGGAAGUAAAAUUAGAAGUUAUUUCGAUGAUGUGUUUUAAUAGUUUAAAAUAGUUUUAGGUUUUUGAGUAAUUUUGUUUGAAAGUAUCGCUGUCAUCUUUUCGUUUUUGUAAUUUGUUUUUUAUUGUAUUGUAUUUCUCGCUUAUUUUUUUUUUUCGUUACUAUUUCUUACUAUUUAUUAUUUACUUUUUCAUAAUUUAAUUGUUUCGAAACUGAGGCUAUCCAAAGAUGUUUUUACAUUGUUUAAUUAUGUUACAGUCUGGGAU